GACGUCAGACGUGCCCUUGACAGGCGGGGAGGGCCGGGCUGUGCAUCCCUCCGCUCGCGCUGCAGGGAGAUGGCUCAGCGACUCCUCCUGAGGAGGUUUCUGGCCUCCGUCAUCUCUCGGAAGCCCCCACAAGGUCGGUGGGCACCCCUCACCUCCAGGGCUCUACAGACCCCACAGUGCAGUCUUGGUGACCUGACAGUAACACCCAGCCAAGCACGGUCAUUAUACACCACCCGAGUCUGUACAACAACCUUUAACAUCCAGGAUGGACCUGACUUUCAAGACCGAGUUGUCAACAGUGAGACACCAGUGGUUGUGGAUUUUCAUGCACAGUGGUGUGGUCCCUGCAAGAUCCUGGGGCCAAGGUUAGAGAAGGUGGUGGCCAAGCAGCACGGAAAGGUGGUGAUGGCCAAGGUGGAUAUUGACGACCACACAGACCUCGCCAUAGAGUAUGAGGUGUCGGCGGUGCCCACCGUGCUGGCCAUCAAGAAUGGGGAUGUAGUGGACAAGUUUGUGGGCAUCAAGGAUGAGGAUCAGCUGGAGGCCUUCCUGAAGAAGCUGAUUGGCUGACAGAAGGUCUGUAAUAAAGAACUUUAUGUGAUCCUUUCUGUCUCCCGCUG